AUGGCAGAGGAUGAUCAAAUGGCUAAUGUGAAAUUCCAACCUGGCAAAAAGUUUGGAGAAUGGGUGAUCAAAAAACGGUUGGAUGAAGGUGGUUUCGGUCAGGUUUAUUUGGUGGAAAAUGGAAAAAAAGAGAAAGGCGCAUUGAAGGCGGAAUCGAAUGAAGUCGAAGGAGGAUCGGCUAUUAAACUUGAGACAAUGAUUUUGAAACAAUUGAACAAAAAUGGACCGGUUCCACAUAUUCCAACAGUUUAUCAUGCUGCGAAAAGGAACAAAUAUUGUGAGAACAACUUGGAAAUUAUUUAAAUUAACGAAAGCUUAAUUUUAGGUUAUAUGGUAAUGAUGCUACUCGGCGACAACUUGAAACAUCUCAAAACAGAUCAACCAAAAGAACGAUUCACACGUGGCACAUGGUCUCGUGUCGGAAUUCAAUGUCUAUACAGUUUGAAAUAUUUACAUGAUUGUGGUUUCAUUCAUCGUGACAUCAAACCGCAGAAUUUCGUAAUGGGACAUCCAGAAGACGGUGCACGAUCUCGUAUGGUUCAUAUUCUUGAUUUCGGAUUAGCUCGUCCGUUUGCCAGUUUUGAUGAAAAACGAAAAAAGUGGGUGGCGAGAAAAGCGAGAGGAAGUGCAGAAUUUCGUGGAACACUACGCUAUACUUCGCCAAAUGUUCAUUUACGGAAAGAGCAAGGAAGAGUCGACGAUGUUUGGUCGCUUCUUUUCGUUCUCAUCGAACUCAAUGGUGGACUUCCGUGGCAAACCGAAAAAGAACGUGACAAAGUGGAGCAGAUGAAAAUGUCGUUGGAUAAUAGAACAGUUAUGCAAAAUAUGCCAAUUUGUAUGGGCAACAUUUUGCCGCAUUUGCAUAGCUUGGACUAUUAUCAACGACCCGAUUAUCAUUUAUUUUUCAAAUCACUUUGGCAAGUUAUGCUAAAUGAGAAGAUAACACCAACUUCGAAAUAUGAUUGGGAGAGUCCGGAACAAGAGGAGAAUGCUGUGAGUUUGGAUAAGUUAGUAGGAAGGGAGGUAGAAAAUGAGAAAAUACUAUAUAGUUCUAAAAAGUGCUUAUUUUCAAUCCAGAAACAUUCCACCCUACUCACCCUGUACUUCCAAAAUUUUCAGAAAAAAUUCAAACCAGCUGACUGGGAAAAACCGGAAGGUCCCUACUUCUCAUCGGAUCCAAUUGGAAUCAAUGGACCACCGGAAGGCCCGGCUGCCAACUCGGAAAAUCCAAACAAUGAUGGAGGUUUGAAAAGUGGAGAGGAUAAAUCAAAAUCGAAUAGCAAGGUAAGUUGAAAAAAAAAUAAUUUUUCGCCUCAAGACCCAUUUUUUCUAGAUGUUUGGAAAGAAGAAUGAGUGAACUUUGGAUUUUUGCUUUAAUUUCAUUAGUGAAAUUUAUCAAUAAAAUAUUUCGGGUCUUGAGGCGAAUUUCGGUUUUCAUUUUUUUUUUAAUAUAAACCACGAAAACUUUCAGCCAGCAAAAAAUUGGUUACAAGUUUCGCCAUCACUUUUAUCAGUUCAAUCGAGCGGUGGAACCGUCAAAUUUACUAUGAAAAAUGAGCAUUUUGAGCCGAUAGUUUAUAAGGUGAAAAUUUCGAAUGUGGAAAACUAUCGAGUAAAUCCGGUUUUCGGAAUAAUUCAACCAAAAUCAUCGGCUGAGGUUGAAGUUGUUCGAACUGCGGGAGCUAUUAAAAUUGAUCGUAUUGUCGUUCAAUUUGGAAAUGUUACCAAAGGCGAAACAUCGACUGAUGCUCAAAAAGUAUUCAGUACAAUUAAGGACACUGAUCGAUUGACUGUUCCAAUUAGCGCGGUUAAUAAGUGA